AUGAGUAGAGUUUUAGAGAGUGAAAGUGAUAAUGAUGAUUCUGGCCAAUCUACUUACGCCAGCUCCUUGAACGAUUUGAGCAAAGUUCAGCCACCGAAACUCUCUAGAGAGCAGACAACGGGUUCGAUUAAUACCAGCUAUUUAGUGCAAAACAAGUUAGAACAAUUUAGCAGGCGCCUCUCGAUGCUUGGACUGGCCAGCAGUCAGGAAGACGAUGAGCAGAUCAGCCAAGCAAAAGACAGUGAUUAUAAUGGGCCUACUUACGACAGCAAUGAAUCCAUCAAAACAACACAGUCAGGAAGUAUAGAAACAGAUGGUAUCGUAGUGCCAAAACAAAAAAUUCCAAUGACCACAUCCUUGAUAUUGAAGAAACUGCCGAAGGCUACAGAAGUUGCCAUUGAAAGAAUUCAACGGGAGGAAGGAGAAGCUGAUAAGAGUCCUGAUAAGAUUAAAGUGCAGGUGAAAUUUCAACCUAUCGGAUCAAUUCCACAGAUAACACCUUCUGUAUGCAGAAUAUCUGCUGUACAACCUUUUUCACUGAUCCUAUCAUUCUUGUUGAAGAAACUGAAAAUCCAGCAUGUUUAUUGCUACAUAAAUAAUUCAUUUGCACCAAAUCCGCAGCAAACGGUAGGCGAUCUUUGGUCUCAGUUCAAAGUCGAUGAUGCAUUGAUUAUAGGUUAUUGUGGAAGUGUUGCAUUUGGAUAA